CGGCAAUCUUAAAUAGUUAGUUUAAGAUCUAACAACAAUCGAGACAGUGGAAAAGCCCACGAGACCCCGAAUAAUAAGUAUAGUUUUCACGAAGUCAAUCCGAACAGCUACAUAAAAGAGUCCCGGUACGCUACUCUUCACAGUGCCUAAUUUCCAAUAUAUCCCGAUGAAAAUGACCCAAUUUUGUGAUGACUAGACCCCGUAUGAAUAUUUUCUUGCUCAAACUAAACUACACAUUCCUAGACGGUCUCUUCCAGUCGGUCAAAUUUUUUAUGCUAGGUAUUCUUUUUUAUUUCGUAUAAACCUACCACUGCAAUAAACCUAAAAAAAAGCCAUCAUAAUGACGACAUUGUCUUUAAUGUCUCUAAACAAGACAUGUCAAUGAAACCCCUUCGGCUAGCAGCGCAAACAAAAAUAUACAAAAAGUACUGAAUUAGCACUAACAACAAUUAAGUACCUACCUACGUAGUCCAUACAUAGUACCCAAUGCAUUAUUUUUAUCCGAUUUUGUGCUGGUAAGGGAAGAUAUCAGUCUCAACCUCAAGUAUUUCGAUUACGAAGCACAGUGUUCUCAAGUGAGCUUUCGUUGGCUGGUUUUCAGUUGAUCACUUGAACUUGAAUGCUGCUGGCUGUGCAGGAACGAGCGGUUUCAGUGAAAAGUUGUGCUACGCCAAUUUUGCGUGUAUUAUUUAGUUGAAAGAUGGCUCAAUGUCAGAUGGUAUGGACUAGUGCAAUAAUAUUACUCGGGUAUAUAACUUUGGCGUCAUUUCAACCCUAUGACGAUUUUAGCGACCUCAGAGGACCUUAUUGUGAGAAGAUUGGGUGCUGCACUAACAGGAAAGACUCUUGUGCUCAACCAAUUAUAGGUACUCUAUGCUACUGCGACGAUUUUUGCAACAGAACUGAAGUUCACGAUUGCUGUCCUGAUUACUGGUCCUUCUGUUGGGGAUUGGAGAUUACCACUCCUCUACCACCUCCAACCACUAGACCACCCGAACAACUCAGAUCCUGUUUGUACAAUAACCGAGUAUACUUCGUAAAUCAAACUACAAAAGACAAUUGUAGAAACUGCCGAUGUGUGCCUACAGGAGUACAAAGUGUAGACAUGAUGUGCGAUCCAGAUGUCUGUUUAAUCGAGAACGACAUUGUCUAUGCUGUUAAUGCCGAAUCUCACGGAUGGGUUGCAUCAAACUACUCUCAGUUUUGGGGCGAGACACUUGAAAGAGGAAUAAAAUACAAACUGGGAACAUUGCAACCACAAAAAGAUGUAAUGAGAAUGAAUCCAGUGAAACGAUACUACGAUCCGGCAGCCUUACCCAAUCAGUUCGAUAGCGCUCAGCGUUGGCCUAGAUACAUUUCCGAGGUUCAGGAUCAGGGAUGGUGUGGUUCUUCAUGGGCUAUUUCCACAGCUGCUGUUGCAUCUGACAGAUACGGAAUAAUCUCAAAAGGCAUAGAAGAAGUUAAGCUCAGCGCUCAAAAUAUUAUAUCUUGCAUUCCAAGAACUCGGGGUUGUGAAGGAGGUCGACUGGAUCGAGCUUGGACUUUUGUUCGUAAAUAUGGUGUUGUGGAUGAAGCUUGCUUUUCCUAUACUGGUUUGAACACCACCGUCUGUUCAAUUAGAAGAGCCGGUCCUUUAAAAUCAGCUGGAUGUACACCACCGAGAUACAGCGAAAGAACGCAACGAUACAAAGUAGGCCCAGCUUACAGAUUGGGUAACGAAACCGAUAUUAUGUACGAAAUUUUGAGAUCCGGUCCAGUACAAGCAACGUUGAAGGUGUACCAUGAUUUUUUCUCCUACAAAGGUGGAAUCUAUAAACAUACUGAUUUAUCUCUAAGACACAAACAAGGCUACCAUUCAGUGAGAAUUGUUGGUUGGGGUGAAGAAUUCACUACUAAUGGACUGCAGAAAUAUUGGAAAGUUGCAAAUAGUUGGGGUACCGCCUGGGGUGAAAACGGAUAUUUCAGAAUUGCUCGAGGCACCAAUGAAUGUGAUAUCGAAACUUUCGUGUUGGGUGUGUGGCCAGAUGUAGAUAGGAAAAUUUUGACAGCUAACUAUAAUAGUAAUAAUAUUUAAUUGCUGAAAAAAAAUAGUUAAAAGUUUAAAAGCUUCAAUGUGUUUAAGUAGGGUUUUCUCAUUUAUUAAUUUUAGCACUAAAAGAAUAAUAAUUGCUACUUAUGACACUAUAAUUUAUUAUUGUGUUUAGAUCUGAUGUGUUCUUCUCUAAGCUGCCAUAAAACUUAUGUGUUCUAGAUAAGAAGCGCACUGUUGAUAACUAUUUAUUUUUUUAUUUGAAACUCUAUCCUAUUUUUUUUUUGUUUAUUUAGUUAGUAUUAGCACUUACUUCAAUGAUGUGUAUGCAUACCUUAGAUUUUUAAGUUAGACAAUAGUAAAUAGAAUAGAUAAGAUAAAAUGCGAGUUUUUGUUGUAUAGUGCUAUCGCCAUAGUAAGAUGUAAAUAGUAAGUCAGACUGAUAAAACUAGAACGUCAAUUCAAACAAAUUAUACAAUGCUUUCAAUAACUAUAUUUUCUUUUUCUAAUUUCAUUUACAUCUUGCAAAAAUAUAAUUUCUAUUUGUUGUUUCACUUUAAAGUUCUCCUGUACGAAUUAUUCUUAUUAGACCUUCAAUGUUAUUAUUUUUUAUAGCAUUUCUGCAAUGGUUAAUCAUAACUGCCGAAUUCUGUCCGACUAAAAACAAAAAAAUUAAAAAUAUAAUCAGUUAUAAAAUGGAA